CGCAUGGAUUGAUUGUUUAGUUGAUUGAUAGUGAAUAAUUUCUGGAAAUAUAAUCACCGUUUCAUCGUUGUAUUUUUGUAGCUGUUAAUCCAAUGGCCGAAAUUUUAUUUAUUUAAGCCAAAUUAUCGGUAACAUGAAAUGUGAAGAAAAAUGCGUAGAAGGGAACAACAACGAGGGAACAUCUGUUCGUUUUGAAAAUCCGAGGAAACAAUAAGUGUUACUAGUUGUCAUGCACAAUCCAGAAUAAGAGAAUAAAAUGAAAAAGUGUUGUAUCUCCUCCUGUCCUAAGCCCACAAAUUUGGUUUGUUUUGACAUUCCAAAAGAUGUCCAGAGAAGAAAGGAGUGGAUGGUCAACAUCAACGGAGAUAAAAAUGAUCUUUCUCUAACAAAUAAUGGUGCUGCUGCAGUCUGUUCGCUUCAUUUUAAACAGAGUGAUUACACAUACUUUUUGCAUGCUGAUCAAACUACCAAAAGAAAAAUCUUUGAAGAUGCUGUUCCAUCUGUUUUUCCAUGGACACAUGACUGGCAUAGCAAUUAUACUGCAGAAAUGGAAAUUGGACAGCUGAAUGAAAGAUCAUCACAUUCAUCUGAUUCUCAAACUUCCAUUCCAAAUAUGGAGCUCCCAGAGGGGGAGGCAGUUCAGCUGGGGAAUGUUGAAUCACUUGGCAUUGCUGUGGUUGAAAAUGCAUGUCCUGAUUCUUCUGCCAAUGGUUCAAAUAGAUUGAGUACAGAAAAUAUGAAAAACUUGUUAAUGAACUCCGUACAGUCAAAAUCUACUGAUCAAGGGAUACAACUUUCAACAUCCACGUCUAAUUCGACUUCUCGUGUUGAGACCUCCGAAGACGAAGACAUCAAAUAUUUUAACAUACUGUCCCAGAUCCGUUACAGUUGUACAAGCUGUGAAUUCAAGAGCAAAGACAUUAUCUCUCUAAAGGAACAUAGGAUGAAACAUCAUCCCGAAGUUCAGUCGGAAUCCGCAAACGUAAACCGAAUAGAUAGGAAUUGCCAUGUAAACAGAAACUCCGUUUCUCCCAUUCGGCAAUGUCAUACCGAAGAAAAUAACAAAUCCUCAACUCAGGACGAAAACAAAAAAAAGCGCAAUUCUUCCUGCACGAAAGGUCCGCAAGAUUCAAACGAUAAUCCUCUUCGCCAACGAAAUCACAUAAAGAAAGCUGAUUUCGAAACUGAGACACCGAUUGUAAACCAUACACAAACAAGGAGCAACAAUGUGAAUUCAUCGUCAGCCUUAUUUUCCGAGAACGAUAGUACGCAGCCUUCAAAAAGGCUCGUAAAAAAGUGGUACCCUUGUACACAGUGUUCAUUCCGAACGCCGAAUGCAAGAAAAUUGAAAGGGCACAUGAAAGAACAUCAUCCCGUAACAACUAAUACUUCAAACGGACAAUCAUCGAGGCUAAAAGUUCCAAAAGAAAAUGAAAUUUUGACGUCUUUUAGGGCAUUCCCUGGCGUUAGCCAGUCCGAUUUGGAAAAGCGCCGAAUUAAAGGCCAAUACUAUUAUUUGUGCCCUGCUACAAAUUGUCGCUUCCGAGCGAAGGAUUCAAGUCAUAUUUUCCAUCAUUGUCAAACAAGCCAUGAUCUCACAAUCGACCAAAAUUACCCUUCUUUAAAUUCUUCUUUAAAAACUGCCAUCUCACCAUCAUUGGCCAGCAGUGACCAAGAACCACACAAAACGAGUAAAACAUCUGAUGAAACCGGACCUAGCCGAUACUCCUGUGAGUCGUGUAACUAUUCUGCCAACAAAAUAUUUCGUCUAAAAAACCAUAGACGUAGGCAUACGGAAGAUUCUGUGUAUCGCUGUAGUAUAUGCUCUUACUCUGUCCCAAUGAAACGCCAACUCACCUUUCACAUAACCAAUCAUCAUUUAGACGGCUUUUCUUGUAACCUUUGCAAUUACAAAGCAAAAACCUUGACUGAAAAGAAUAACCACUAUGCAAGUGUCCACGAGCCCGCCACUGCCUCGAAAACUUCAUUCCAUUCUUCAGAGCCGCUGUCUAAUUCGGAUUGUGAUUUGGAGCACAUCUGCACGCAGUGUUCCUUCAAAACUACUUCUCGGGAUCGAUUUCAAAUGCAUGAGAAAACGCAUGUCCCUACUUCUGUGGGUUCAACCACGGAUGAAUUGGAGAUUGAGGGCACUCCAAGGAAAACAACCAGAAAGACGAAAAGGAAACGUGAAGAUUCCAGCAGCAGCAUUCAGACUGCCAAACUUAUCGAACGCCUCGUGUACCAAUGCCCUCAUUGUAGUUUUUGGGCUCGAGCUGUGUCCAGUUUCCACCAACACUUAAUGGCGCACGAAAAAUCGCCGACAUUCAAAUGUUCCCAUUGCGAUUUCAGCGCCCGUUAUCGUAUUGCCAUAACCCAACACAUUAAGAAAAGCCCAAAGGAAACUCACAGUUCAGCUUGCUGGACUAUGACCAAACCCGUACCAGAAAACCAUUACCCCGAAUAUCUCAAAACAUCCCUUAUUCCUGAAUUGGAAUAUUCAGGAACACGAGAGUUCACUUCUUUAGCUUCUGAUGAAGGAUUGAAAAGAGCUUCUUCGGAUUCUAGUGACAGUACCUGGAAGCUUUCUGGUGAAUCUUCCCUAGAAAACAAUACGGACGAUGAAUCGAAGGACUGGGUUCCCUCUUCCAGUUUGUCAUCAGCUCAAAUGAAGGACGACACAUCGUCCCCCCUCAGUUUUGAAAUCACUUCAGAUUCAUCAUUGGAAUAUGACCGAAAACCUUCGCCAUCCAGUUCCAUGUCGUCGGAUUCGAAUUCGGAACACAAGAACCAAUCCUCUACGCAAAAUUCACCUUCAACUGAUAAAUCGUCCUCAUCGCUCACGAGCGAAAUAGUCCUCUGGAACUCGAGCAGAACGAGACGUCAGCGCCGUAAAAGAUUGCGAAUUCAUUCAGACGAGGAAACUGAACAGCAAAGUUCUUUGAAACCUGACGCUGUGUCUGCGAACAAUGAUACAGGAAACGACAAAAGAAAACUAAACAUGCCUGACGUACAACAAGAGACCAACGUACAGCCGCAAAUCUUAGCCAUUUUUCCGCAGCGACUUUUUCCUAACUUGGAUGAUGCUUUAGCAGAACGUCAGGCGAAGGAACUAAUGGUUAAGGAAGCACAAGACAGAAUCAACGAAAUGCGGGCAGAACAGCUUAAGAUGGUAGAAGCGGAUAGUGCCAGUGAGUCAGAAUUAUUGAAACUAAAAGAGAGCAAAAAGGUUGCCGAGCAACGGUUAAUGAAACUCAGUGGUCAAAAGAUUGAAGCUGAACUCGAACUUCGAACCCAACAGUGUCAAGAGCUCAAAUUUAACCUCGCAAUGUACGAGCCGGGACAAGAAUUGGAAUUCAACAAGAGUGCCUUAGUACAAAGUCAAAAACUUGUCGUUGAAUCAGAAGCUAAACUUACCGACAUUACAAGAGCCAUCACUGAUCUACGAAACGAAAUUGAAAUUCUUGAUUGCCAAAUCAAGGAGAGCGAAGAUUCACAUGCAGGAGCUGCCCAGCUCCUUGAAAUCUUUGAAAGUGAAAUGUCUGAAAAGGAAGCCGAAUUGGUUCGUUUGCAAGAAGACUCGGCCAAAUCCGUUUCCAAUAUGAGGCAAUUGGUGGCCGAGGAACGAAAGCUGAUAGGGACUCGUACUGCAAUGUGUAAAGAAGAAAUGAAAAGGUUAUACUUGAAAGGCUUAUCGAAAAUCCGCGAAAAAGAGCGGGAUUUGCUCAAUGCCUUAGACGGUUACAUUACGGAUAAAAGUGUUUCUUCCAAAUUGGGCGAAACUGAUUAAUUAACUGAAGCGAUCGUCUAUUGAAAAGCCAUCUUCGAUGAAGAAAUGAUUCACUGAUUUCAAAGAAAAAUGAUUAUAUUUAUAUAGCGAUAAGCUAUGCAAAGAUUGUCUAACAUAAACAUCAUUGUUGUUUUUCUUGUCCUUUCACGUUUAAUCGAUUCGUUGUGCUUCUGGAUACCGUAUGUGACAAAGAUACAACAUUCGUCUUUUU